AUGGUUAGUAAAAGCGAAAAUAGUUAUCAAAAGAUUGAUGACACUCUGUUAACACAAAUCAUGGCUCUCUUUCACCAGCCAGUCGAUCCAUCUUCUCUUGCUAUUACUCGUAUCUUUUACGGAUUGUUAAUGAUGUUUGAUAUCACGUUAGAGCGUGGAAUGGCGAUUAUCAAUGUAAAAUGGGGCAAUCCAGAUUCUUGUAUAUUCCCACUAUUCGAUUUUAUAAAACCGUUAUCAUCAGAUUGGAUGCAUAUGUUAUACUUAUCGAUGAUAAUAGCUUCAUUUUGCAUUUGUAUUGGUCUCAAAUAUCAUUUUAUGACGACCUGGUUAGCCAUUUGCUAUUGGUACAUUAUCUUAUUAGACAAGACCGCAUGGAAUAAUCAUACCUACCUAUUGGGCCUAUUUGCCCUGUUUUUUUCGGUAACAGACGCGAAUCGAUGGUGGUCUGUUGACGGACUAUUGGAUAGAAGUAAAUGCAAUACAGCUAUUCCUCUUUGGCAAUUGCUUCUAUUUCGAUUUCAAAUUUUUAUGGUCUAUUUCUACGCGGGCAUCAAAAAAUUUCAUCCAGAUUGGAUUUCUGGCCAUUCAAUGAGAUCGUUAGCAACGCAUUGGAUCUUUUCUCCCUUUCGUACUUUAUUGACCAUAGAACAAAUCAACUUACAUAUUGUCCAUCAUUGUGGUUUAGCAUUCGAUUUAUUUGAAGGAUUUCUACUUUAUUUUAAUACAACAAGGCCAGUUGGUCUUAUCUUAGGCUGUUAUUUUCAUUUCACUAAUGCUUGGAUUUUCCAAAUCGGAAUAUUUCCAUACAUUAUGCUAGCUACUCUACCUAUAUUUUGCAAUCCUGACUGGCCCAAACAUUUUGUACGCAAAUUACGCGGACACCGGCAAAAUUAUUUAGUAUUAAAUCGUUAUUUAUUUCUAUCAUACCGCUUCAACAAUAGUCUAAAUCUUGGCGAUACGACGAUAAAUGAUGGACUUGAAAAUCAGCUCAUCAAGAAUUAUGACUUUACGAUGCCUUACUGUUCAAGCAGAAGAAAAAGUUCAUUAAGUAAACGAAAUUACAUCACAUUCCUCUUUUUCAGUCUCUAUGCGGUGUUACAACUUUGCCUGCCAUUUUCUCAUCAAAUAACAAAGGGUUACAUCGCUUGGGAUGGACAUGGUUUAUACGGUUAUUCUUGGGAUAUGAUGAUUCGUACAUGGAUCACUCCAUAUACUAAAAUAACUGUAGUAGAUAAUGCUACUCAACAAUAUUAUGAUUUAAAGCCGAAUACCUUUAUUCACAAUAUACCUACGAUCAACUUUCGAUGGGAUUCUCACCCAGACAUGAUGAAGCAGUAUGCCAUGUGUAUUGCCCGACAUGCCAAGAAAUUUGGCGUCAAGAAACCUGCAGUUUAUUUUGAUAUAUGGAAAUCGCUAAACUAUCGAUUCCAACAACGGUUAGUCAAUUCAAAUAUUGAUUUGGUAUCAGCUGAGUGGUCACCAUGGAAAGCGACAUCGUGGAUCAUGCCUCAUUUAAAUAAUUUAACAUGGUGGACAUCCGAAGAAAUCGAUAUGAAAAUGAAUUUAUUGGAUAAAACUUAUAAUUCGUCGAUAAAUUAUAUUGCUGAUUUUCCAGGAUUCAAUAUAAAUAAGUUUAUACCUGUAGACUAUCGCGCUAAUGUGACGGUAUUACAUGGACAAAUUCAAAUUCAAUUACAUAAUUAUAAAACUAUAUUAAUGAAAAAUCAAAGUUGCCUAUUACCUAGUAACUCAACGCAUCAAAUUACCGUUAUUUCUAAUCAACCAGCAGUCUAUUAUUACCAAUAUGAAGACAUUUCUUUUCAAAAUAAGACCACUGUACACAAAGAGCAUAAAUUAAUAUUGAAGAAAAUACUAAACGAUAGCCAGCGAUCGCGUAUGCUGAUUGAAAAUUCUCUAUUUCAUGCAGUCCAUCAUUAUUUCUAUCUUAAGAAACGCGUCUAUAACCGAAUAAUUAUUAAGACCGUUGCUGCACUAGAUAAUAUAUUGCAUGAAAUUCAAUCAUUCUUAAGCUAA